AUGGCGGACAGCCGAGCAGUCCCUCGCCCCUGUUUGCAGACCAGCUCCCACGCGACAACCAAGGUGGCGAAAGGAUCUAACGGUGAUCAGGGUGGUCGCGGAGGGGCCAAGACGUAUUCUUCCAGCCUGGGAAGUACGCAUACCAGUGUCGCAGUGGGAAGCUCCAAUCUGCGUGGAAGUGUGGGCGGACAAGGUGCCCCGCAGAACCCAAUUGCUGCACUUGGAGGGUUGGAUGACCCAGAUCCAUUCGCUGCUGACCCCCCCCGGCGCUGA